ACAAAACCGUACGCAAUUUAACAAUCUAAUAAAUCCUGGGCGACGAGGGCGAGGGCAGGCUGAUCGAUCACAUCUGCAUCUCGUAUCUCCUACCUAAGCGAUCUUCCUCCCCAAUUAUCCAGUUGAGGCCUUACCAUCUCAUCAGGCGUCGAACGGUUGGUCUUACAAUCGGAACUGCCUUAAGUGGUGACUGGUGUCCAUCCGUCGACUACCUGGAUCUCCCGACCGGUGAUCUUCGGAAAUCGGCCUGCUCAUCUACUUCACGAAAGCUACGUCUUGAUCUUGGCGUAUCCAAUCUAUCCAUGAACCGCGACUUCUCGUGACUGCCCAGUGUUACUGGCACCUUUAGAGUCCUCGAAUUUUAGAUCUCAACUUUCACCUAGUAUCCACCACCUCUCUUGUCAACCUUGGAACAGCCCCCUGCGCCGUCGACAGCAAAAAUGGAACAGCAAGACCAUACCGCCGCACCGCCAGUGCAGCAAGUGACAGAGAAUGAUAGCCCGGCCACAAUGCCUGAGCAGCCCACACAAGAUGGCGGCAUCAUAGUCCCAGAGCACCAACCCGUGGGUUCUAACAGUGAAACGGGCAUGGGCAUGCACGUCCCGCAUGAUGGCGGUCUCAUGCUUCCCAGCCAAGAUGCCACCAUGGCUGGCCUACACGGAGUCCUCGGUGCCAACGAUGUCUUUCCUAACUCAAGCAUCAUGAUGAUGUCUAAUCAGCACAUCAUGAACCUCAACGGCGCUGUUCCUCCGCAGCUUGCCCAUGGAAAAGACAUCAGUGCAGACGAAAUCGCGUUGUACGACCGUCAGAUCCGCCUCUGGGGGAUGAAAGCACAGAAGAGAAUUCAGAGCGCCAAUGUCCUCCUCAUCACGAUGAAGGCGCUUGCCAACGAAAUCGCCAAGAAUUUGGUCCUCGCUGGCAUCGGCUCGCUCACCGUCGUGGACGACCAGAUCGUCACGGAAGGUGACUUGGGUGCCCAAUUCUUUCUCUCACAGGAGCAUAUUGGCCAAAAUCGCGCCCAGGCGGCGAGCGUCAACAUCAGAAAACUGAACCCCCGUGUGCAAGUUUUUGCAGAUCCGGGGAGCAUCAUGGCCAAAGGUGCAUCGUACUUUAAUGCAUUCGACAUCAUCAUUGCCACAGAUCUCAAUCCCACUACACUGGCCUUCAUAAACACGGCAACCCGGCUGCACGGAAAGCAAUUCUACGCGGCUGCCUCGCAUGGUUUCUACGGUUACAUAUUCUGCGAUCUGAUUGAGCAUGACUACGUGCUCCAGCGUACCAAGGGAAAUGUGGCCACGAAGAUUGGCCAAGAAACCAGAACCCGCAGUGUCAUUGACGUUAAGACCAAGAAGGAAGGCGACAAGACCAUCGAAAUGGUCACAAAACGAGAGCUGUACUCGACUUGGGAUCUUGCGUCGGAUACAAGCCUUCUUCCGGCCGAAUACCAGAACGCUAAGCGCCGGCUUAAGGCAGUCACGCCUGCGCUCUCCUGCCUGCGUGCCCUGUGGGGCUUUCAGACGCUACAGAACCGGAACCCAGGCCAUAACCGGCAGGAUCUUGAAUUCUUCACCAAGAGUGCAACUCACUGUCACCAGGUUCUUGGCCUCCCUACGGAAACGCUCCGUUCGGAGUUCCUACGGAGCUUCCUUCAGAACAUUGGUAGCGAGAUCGCUCCCGUCACAGCCAUCUUGGGCGGCCAACUCGCACAGGACGUUAUCAAUGUUCUGGGCCAAAACCAACAGCCCAUCCAAAACAUGGUUGUCUUUGAUGGCAACACGAUGCAGGCAGAGAUGUACCCGCUGCACCCCCAGGUCAACCUAGGAAGAGCGCAAUUGGAUAUGAAUAUCCCAAUGGCCGCCAAUGUGCCGCAGCCUGCAGUCGACCCAGCCAUGUAUCAUCAAUUCUCACAAAUUCCCAACACUACCAUCUAGGCUAGCAGGGCGUACCCAAAUGGCGGUUAAGGACAGGAGAGAAACAGGGAGCGUUUGUUAAGGAGACCUUGGAAAGGCACUCGUGGACCAACGUCAACCAUAAUCUGCCUAGGGUUCUGAUUGGUUGGCGACUUUUGGAAAACAAAUAAGCUGCGGUGGACUGAUAUCCUCAUGCACAUUGGGUGCAACGUUUGCCUCGCUAUCCAUAGCAUUUCUUGGUGGAGGGAAAAAAAGCCGGCUGGACAGUAGGAUAAUCAAUGACACAGUUCAUAACCUGAUUCACCAGGCCAGACUUGUGUAGAUGCUGUCAAGGAUUCCGCAGUGAAACACUGCAGCAGGGCUUCUUUAUCACUCCCAAUUAUUCUAACAUUCCACUAAUCUAUAGGCAAGCAGACCUCUGUGCGAUGUUGGUCUCAGCCAAUGGCCAACGUCGUAUGAGGUAUUGUCUGUACUUGAUUUUCAGUACCUCACGUUAAAUAUAGCAUUGCC